CACGAGGCACCGCCCCGCCCCUCGACGGCAACCCCCCGCGGGAGACGGGCCCGGCGGCCCGGCUCGCUGUGAUUGGCUGAGGGCGGCCACGCGUCAGGGCUCGGAGGAGGUGGCUCCCACGUGGUCUGGGGAAGGCGCGCGAGGGGUCUGGGGGCGCCGCAGGCGCGGGGGAAGAUGACGGCCACCUUCGACAUCGACGCCCCGCGCUGGGACCAGGGCACGUUCGCGGGGCGCCUGCGGCACUUCCUCGCCGUCACCGACCCACGGCUGGCGCUGGCGCCCGCGGCCGAGCUGGAGCGCGCCAAGGCCCUGGUGGAGGCCUGCAGGGCCGGGCUGGCGCCGGCGGGGAGCAGCCGGGAGCAGCUGCGCUACGCCAAGACGCUCUACGACUCGGCCUUCCACCCGGACAGCGGCGAGAGGAUGAACCUGCUGGGGCGCAUGUCCUUCCAGGUGCCCGCCGGCAUGGCCCUCACCGGCUGCAUGCUGCAGUUUUACCGGACGGUGCCGGCCGUGGUUUUCUGGCAGUGGGUCAACCAGUCCUUCAACGCCGUGGUCAACUACACCAACCGCAACGCCGCCUCCGCCAUCUCGCCCAGGCAAAUCGCGGUGGCGUACGUCACCGCCACCGGCACGGCGCUGGCUACUGCCGUGGGGCUCAACCUCUACACCAAGUGCCUGGCCGCAUCCUGCCCCCCGGCGCUCACGCCGGCCUCUGUCCUGCAGCGAGCCCCCCCCUUGGUGGCCCGCUGGGUGCCGUUCGCCGCCGUGGCCGCUGCCAACUGCGUCAACAUCCCCAUGAUGAGGCAACAGGAGAUCAUCAACGGGAUCACGGUGACAGACGAGGACAACAACGAGCUCGGCCGCUCCAGGAGGGCUGCGGCGAAGGGCAUCGCGCAGGUCGUGGUCUCCAGGAUCACCAUGGCGGCGCCGGGCAUGAUUAUUCUGCCCAUCAUCAUGGAGCGGCUGGAGAAAUUCCCCUUUAUGAAGAGGAUCCGGCUUCUCCACGGGCCUUUGCAAGUGCUGCUGUGCGGGGGCUUCCUCCUGUUCAUGGUGCCGGCGGCCUGCGCCCUGUUCCCACAGAGAUGCUCCCUCGCGCUGGCUGACCUGGAACCAGAGUUGCGCGCCAGCAUCGUGGCCAAGCAUGGGGACCAAGUGCAGUACGUCUAUUUUAACAAGGGACUGUGAAUGGAGCCAUCGCGCCCCUCCGGACCCCGCUGGCCCUCAGUGCCCUGCGUGAGCCAUCGCGCCCCUCCGGACCCCGCUGGCCCUCAGUGCCCUGCGUGGGGCACAGUGGCCCGCUCUGGCCAGAUCCCCCCCACGGCCAGGCCAGGGGGAUCGGGUCAGGGCCGGCCUCGGGGUCAGUGCCAUCUCUGCUCUCUCCCCAGAGAGACCCUGCCUGCUUUCAGAGCGCUGUGCCUGGCCGACCCCCUCACCUUGCGGGGCCUCUCCAUCCUCCGGGUACAUCCAGGAGGGUGCACGGUCCUACCUCCGAAAGCAGGCAUCCCUCCGUCGCCUGCCUCCAGUACCGGAACCAAACCACAACGCUGCCUCAGAUCACUUCAGUGGCCUUUCGCCAAAAGCUGCCUCCCUCCCUGGCAGGAGGGAAGGGACCUGUCCCCGCUGCAGAGGGAGCAUGCCGAUGUCCUGGGACCAGUGCUUGGACCGUUUCUCCCAUGCUGUCACGUUCAGAUUUCAUUCACUUUGCAAUCGCCACAAUCAAGGAGAGAAAUACCUGAUUGUUUUUAAGCUCUCUUUUUUGUAAUCUACCCUUUCCUCUGAGCACCAGAGCCAGCCAUCCCCCUGGCUGGGGAAAGUCAACUCUAGGCCCCCCUGCAAGCGGAGGAGGAGACACCAGGGCAGGCUCAAAGCAGUCGGGGUGUUAACUCAGGCUCUGGAUGGGCAACUCUGCAAACACUGGAGGGGAGGGGUGAAAAAUAAAAUACAGUGUUUUUUUAAAUCA